CCCGCCGCGCGUUCUCUGUAAGCGGCAGAAGCAGCGGCAGCACCAUCAGCAUCCGCGGCUGUCCCGGGCUGCCUCGGGCGGGGCCUGCCAGACCGAUAGACGGACAGAGGGCUCCGGGGGCGCGUGGCCCGCCCGGGCCGGCCAUGGAGGGAGCCUCGUUCGGCGCGGGCCGCGCGGGGGCUGCCCUGGACCCCGUGAGCUUCGCGCUGCGGCCCCAGACCCUGCUGCGGGUUGUGUCCUGGGUGUUCUCCAUCGCCGUUUUCGGGCCCAUAGUCAACGAGGGCUACGUGAACAACGACAGCGGCCCGGAGCUGCGCUGCGUCUUCAACGGGAACGCGGGUGCCUGUCGCUUUGGCGUCGCGCUCGGCCUCGGGGCCUUCCUCGCCUGCGCCGCCUUCCUGCUGCUGGACGUGCGCUUCCAGCAGAUUAGCAGCGUCCGCGAUCGCCGCCGCGCGGUUCUGCUAGACUUGGGUUUCUCAGGGAUCUGGUCGUUCUUGUGGUUCGUGGGCUUCUGCUUCCUCACCAACCAGUGGCAGCGUACGGCGCCCGGACCGGGCACCACGCAGGCAGGAGAUGCGGCGCGGGCCGCCAUCGCCUUCAGCUUCUUCUCCAUCCUCAGCUGGGUGGCGCUCACCGUGAAGGCCGUGCAGCGGUUCCGCCUGGGCACCGACAUGUCGCUCUUUGCCACGGAACAGCUGGGCACUGGGGCGGGCCAGGCCUACCCCGGCUACCCUGUGGGCAGCGGUGUGGAGGGCACCGAGACCUACCAGAGCCCGCCCUUCACCGAGACCCUGGAUACCAGCCCAAAAGGGUACCAGGUGCCUGCCUACUAGUGGCCAGUAGGCCCAGACCGGGCUGGAAGGUUGCCCCACCGAUGUAGGGCCCAAAGGCCUCCUGGGACCUCCCUCAGGUCCUCCUGGCCCAGUGCGGGGGAUGGAGGGGUGGCCACUGUGGGCCAUCCGGGGCCAAGAGAGGGUAGCCCCCAGGGUGCCUGGGCUGUAUCCCCCAAAUUACCCCUGUACCUUUAGUCCCCAGACCCAGGUCUGAGGUCUUGAGGAGGGGACAACACAGCCCUGGACAUGUGUCCUCCAGCCUCUAGUGGACCAGCCUGGGCAGGGGGCCAGUCCCCUCAUGAGGCAGCCAUCUCCAGGCUCACCUGUCCCCUGUGGGGUUAGAUCCAGCUGCCCUCCAUAGCCAGGUGCAGAAGCUGUCCCAGAAUGGGGGCAGGUAUACUGCCCCUACCCCCAUGCCAUGGCCCA